GUUGGCUGGCUCGCACAGGUCAAACAGGCUUUAGCCAUGUCUGUAUCAGGUGGGCAAAGGCUAAGGCCUUCGGACAUCCGUCGGGAGCGGAAGGAGCUGCUCCUCUGUGUGGAGAGAGGCAACAAAGCUGACAUCCACACCUACAGCUCAGGGCACCUGGGGCCCUACAGCUUCAAUCCCAGACCCGUUUACUGCCGGCGUGACAAGCCAAUCUGGGAAAAGUCCAAACAUUCAGAGUCUAAGCACUCAGGCCUCUCCCGCCUUCAGGAAAGCAGGGCACAGGAGGAUAGCGUGAAAGAAAUGGUAGAUGCCUUGUACAACUUCACCAUGGCCACCACGCUUCAGGAGCCUGAUGUUCGGAGCAGCACAGGAAGCCCCAGCAGCCCACCAAGAGUGGAUCCGUACAGGACGAGAGAAAACCUGGACACAACGGAGCUUUUCCUGGUGAAGCCAAGCAGUCUGAAGCCGGGGCCUUGUGCACCCACUGUGGAGGUGGAUCAGGGCCGAUACUGGUUCACACGCUCUUACUUAGCUGGACUCACCUGCAGCGAUCAGCUGCUGCUGUGGAAACGGUUUGACCGGCAGGUUGUGAGGAAGCAAGACUUGAUCACCAGGAACUGUCUGAGCGGCAUUGAGGCAGCACAGCGACACCAGCGCAAACUGCAGCAGGAGCUGAGGAAGGUUCCGGCCUGCAGGGGCCCGUGCCUAGAGCGUCUCGCGGUGUUCAGUGAUGUCUUUGGUGACGUUUGUGACGGCUCUCCUGCGUUCGGGAGCGUCCUCGGAGAAAUCAAGAUGGAGUAUGAUUUGUACCUGAACUCUGUCGUUUCCUCACAGUCAACCUUCCAGCUUACAGCUGCAUUUUUGCCCUCUGGAGUCGUCUCAGGAUCAGGGGAGUUAGAGGAAGCAGAACAGCAGGUGUCAUCACUGGAAGAGAAAGCGAGGAGAGCUCUGGAGGAGAAUGACAGAGUCAGAGCAGAGUAUGAGGACAUGCUGGCCAAAGACAUGGAAAACCAACAGGAAGAAGUCAGGGGAUCCGAAGGCUCUGGUCAGUGUGGCCUCACAGCUGUUGAGGAAGGUUUGUUCCCAGAUGUGAAGCAGAGCGAGGCUGAGGUCUCCUCCAUGGCACAAGUGGAGUCUAAAAGGCAGGAGGUGUGGAGUGUGUGGAAGGAAGUACAGAGGCUGCAGAAGGAAAUUAGAGAGACGAUGGUGUCCACUGUCACUACCAGCUCCCUCGAGGGAAGCAUACAAGACACAAAAGCUGAAGUCAUGCGUCUCAUUGCUUCAAGUGGGAACCUAAGGAGCACCAUUAAGGAUCUUGAAGAGAACAUCUCAAAGGUCCUGCACAGAGCAAAAGUCGGUGAGGAGACGAAAGCGCUGGUGUGGGAGAAGAUAUGGGCCACAGUAAAUAGAGAUGAAUAGAGCUCUUAAUCAAUAAAACGUCUUACCUUUUGUA